AUGGCGACGAGGAAUAGGACGAUCUUGUAUAAGAAGUACAGGGACGCGUUAAAGAGCGUCCGGGUUCCCUCGGGCUUGUCGCCGUCGAGCUCCAGUGGAGGACCCGUGAUAGAGCUGUCGACGACGUCGUUACUAAAUCCCAAUCGCUCAUAUGCCCCUCUAAGUACUGAAGAUCCGGGAACGUCCAGUAGGGGUACAGUCGCUGUAGGUCUACCACCAGCUUGGGUGGAUUUAUCUGAAGAAAUUGCAGCUAAUGUGCAACAUGUGCGGGUAAAAAUGGCUGAGCUAGCAAAGGCUCAUGCCAAAGCUUUAAUGCCAUCAUUUGGAGAUGGUAAGGAAGAUCAACGCCGGAUUGAAUCUCUUACACAGGAGAUAACUGGCCUUUUGAAAAAAUCGGAAAAAAGGUUACAAAGGCUUUCUGCUGGUGGACCUUCGGAGGAUUCAAACAUCAGGAAAAAUGUGCAGCGCUCUCUAGCCACUGACCUUCAGACUCUUUCAAUGGAGCUACGUCGAAAGCAAUCCGCAUAUUUACAGCGACUUCGGCAGCAAAAAGAUGGUCCAGAUGGGGUUGACUUGGAAAUGAACUUGAAUGGAAUCAAUUCUAGGAGAGAGGAUGAUGAUUUUGAUGACAUGGGAUUCAGUGAACAUCAAAUGACCAAGUUAAAGAAAAGCGAGGCACUGACUGUAGAAAGGGAGAGAGAAAUCCAACAGGUUGUCGAAUCGGUCAAUGAUCUUGCCCAAAUUAUGAAGGAUUUAUCAGUCCUGGUGAUUGAUCAGGGCACUAUUGUUGACAGGAUAGAUUACAAUAUAACAAAUGUGGCGGCAUCUGUAGACGAGGGCCUGAAACAGUUGCAGAAGGCAGAGAGAACUCAGAAACAAGGUGGUAUGGUUAUGUGCGCUACAGUGCUCGUAAUCAUGUGCUUCGUUAUGCUUGUUCUUUUGAUCUUGAAGGAGAUAAUUUUUUAA